CCAUGGCUAUUGAACUGGCAAAUCAUGUUUCGAAAAUCUGCCUUGAAAAGUUUGAAUCGCUACCGAAAACGGGAAAACCUGAUAUCGCAUACGAAUGGACCAUUCUUUCUGGGAUAGUGAUGCAGCGUUCUGUUGCUGGGGGUGACGAAACCCGCUUAGUUGCCCUAGCUACGGGGACCAAGUGUCUGGGAUCGACUCAGUUGAGUGAAAAAGGUGAUCUUGUUAACGAUAGUCAUGCUGAAGUCUUAACUAGGAGAGGGUUUUUGCGCUAUCUUAUGCAAGAAAUGAAAAACUGUUUAGACGAAAAGGAUAGUGUGUUUGAAUUUGACAGUCUGAUUAACAAAUUCAGAUUGAACCUUGAUGUGAAAUUCCAUUUUUUCACAACCCACAGUCCAUGUGGAGAUGCUAGUAUUUUCGAUAACCCUAAUCGCGAUGCCAACGAUACAGAAAUACCUUCGAAAAAACUCAAAUUAUCUUCGGAACAAACCACUUCUGAAAUUCAACCAUCAAACGUAGGUAUGACUGGAGGUAAACUCGUGAAUACUCCCGAGAGCGGAGAUUUAAUGGCACAAAACAUCGGGAUGGUCCGAACAAAACCUGGCAAAGGUAUAAGAACCCUUUCACUAUCCUGUAGUGACAAAAUGGCUCGUUGGAACUUCCUAGGUCUUCAGGGAUCGAUGCUGAUGUCGAUCCUGGAAGCACCGAUCUAUUGGGACAGUAUAAUUUUAUGCGAUGGAACUGACUGCUGUGAGCGCGCUAUUGAGAGAGCACUUUGGACUCGUUGGGAUCAGUCAGUUCUGCAGAGCGUGAUCAAGAAACCAUUUCGAUUUAACAGACCAAUGAUUCAGCAAGCUUCGAACCAGAUGUUCUUCCAGUUUCGGAAAAAUCGCAGUCGACCACCAACCGGGAAGAAGUUUCAACCCGCUCCUGGAGGAAUAAUUUGGUGCAGCGGUGUGGACAGGUGA